GACUCACUCUUUCCAUCCUCUCACCAGCACCGUCCACAACAGCCAACACAUCCACUAACGACACUCAAGCUUCAGCUUAAGCAUAGCAUACACGAUGUUCUCUAUUGCUCGAACCCUCGCUCGUCCUUCUGUCCUCGCCCGUUCGUUCGCUGCCCCCGCAGGCGCGUCCGCCAUCCAUACCCUCCCCGAGCUGCCAUAUCCCUACAAUGCUCUCGAACCCCACAUCUCCGAGCAAAUCAUGACUCUGCACCAUACAAAGCACCACCAGACGUACGUCAAUGGGCUCAACGCCGCCGAGGAGUCCUAUGCGAAGUCAUCGGAUGUGAAGGAACAGAUCAAGUUGCAGAGCGCGUUGAAGUUCAAUGGCGGUGGCCAUAUCAACCACUCCCUCUUCUGGAAGAACCUCGCACCGACGUCUCAAGGCGGGGGUCAACUCCCCGAGGGCUCCCAACUCAAGAAAGCUAUCGAGCGCGACUUUGGAUCGGUCGAGGAGUUCAAGAAGAAGUUUAAUGCUGCGACGGCGGCGAUUCAGGGGAGUGGGUGGGGGUGGUUGGGAUUGAACCCGACGACGAAGAAGCUCGAGAUCGUGACCACGGCGAACCAGGACCCUCUCAUCUCCCACGUCCCCAUCAUCGGCGUCGACAUCUGGGAACACGCUUUCUACCUCCAAUACAAGAACGUCAAGCCCGACUACCUCAACGCGAUCUGGAACGUCAUCAACUUCAAGGAGGCAGAGAAGAGGCUUGUGGAGGCUGCAUAAAUGGUCGACUCAUGACGCCUUACUGGUAUCCGUCUCUCGGGAUCUUGAAAGCCCGAGUGGUUUUGAGGGGAGGUUGUAUGACUUUACAUUGGAGUUUUGAAGCGGGUGGAAGGAUGUGGGGAUGUUGAGACGUGGUGUAGACGAAUUGGUUUGAGGGUGCUUUCGCUUGUAAUAUAAUCCUUCAUUUUCGUUUUCUGCUUGCUUGCUUCGUCUCUCGAAAUGUCCACCAGCCUGUGGAUACUUCGGUUUCUGAGUUUAUUCGAUAGGUU